AAAGAUGUCAGAGGAUACCGAGAAAGAGGUUGCGGAUAAUGCUAGGAUCAGCUCGCAUCCCUACGCGCAUAGAGGCCAUGACGAGGAGGUCGGAAUCGUCAACCAGGGCGGGCAGCUUCGCACGGAUUUGAGGAAUCGUCAUAUGCAAAUGAUAGCAAUCGGCGGCGCUAUCGGAGCUGGUUUGUUCAUCGGAUCGGGUAGUGCUCUAUACAACGGAGGACCAGCUGCAUUGAUCAUCGGCUACCUCAUCGUCGGCGUCAUGUUGCUAUUUACGAUGCAAGCUCUCGCAGAGCUAGCAGUCAUGUAUCCGGUAAACGGGGCGUUCUAUACUUAUGUUGUGAGAUUUGUCGACCCGGCUUGGGGCUUCGCGAUGGGAUGGGACUAUGCGAUCGCUUGGCUUACGGUUCUACCGUUCGAGCUAAUCGCCGCCGGUAUCACCAUCGAAUUCUGGCGCCCCGAUCUCAACAUAGCCAUCUGGGUUACCGUGUUCCUGGUCGUCUUGGCUCUGAUUCAGAUAUUCGGUGUGCGAGGCUACGGUGAAGUCGAGUUUAUCCUUAGUAUGAUCAAAAUUGCGGCUUGUACAGGGUUUAUCAUAUUGGGUAUUGUAAUAAACUGCGGCGGAGUUGGUGAUAGGGGAUAUCUUGGCGCAAAAUAUUGGCAUGACCCAGGGGCUUUCAAGAACGGCUUUAAUGGAUUCGCGGGCGUUUUCGUCGUUGCUGCCUUCGCUUUCGGCGGCACCGAACUAGUCGGUCUGGCAGCCGCCGAGUCGGUCGAUCCUCGACGCGCGAUCCCCAUGGCUUCUAAGCAAGUCUUCUUCCGAAUUGCCUUUUUCUACAUCAUCAAUCUCUUCAUCCUCGGAUUGAUACUGCCAUCAAACGAUACGCGCCUGGCGAACGCGACUGGCUUCAACUCGAGCUAUUCGCCUUUCGUCUUAGCCAUCCAGGACGCCGGAAUCGCCGUCUUGCCGUCGAUAUUUAACGCGGUCAUCACGAUUUCGGUCAUUAGCGUCGCUAAUUCAUGCACAUUCGGCUCGACCCGUACAAUGCAGGCCAUGGCCGAAAGGGGCAUGGCACCUCAAUUCCUCGCGUAUAUCGAUAAAGCCGGCCGACCUCUAUAUUGUAUUAUAGUACAACUUGCAUGCGGUCUUUUAGGUUAUAUUGGUGUGGCGUCGAAUGGGCUAGAUGUCUUCGACUGGCUACUCUCCCUUUCGGGCUUGUCGUACUUAUUCGUAUGGGGAUCUUGUUGCCUCGCCCAUAUCCGGUUCAGGUUAGCCUGGAAGGCACAGGGACGGAGUCUGAGAGAGAUCCCCUAUAGGCCACCGUUAGGAAUCUGGGGCAGUGUCAUCGGCUUGGCUCUUAAUAUCGUCUGUCUGAUUGCAACUUUUUAUAACGCUCUUUAUACGUACCUUGCUGCCCCGAUCGUCAUUUUGUUAUAUGUGUUCUGGAAGACGUGGUCAGGUAGCUGGCGGCAGAUGUGGGUGAAGCUCAACGAUAUCGAUCUGGCGGCCGGAGCUCGGGCCGAGUGUGUGAACUCUGAACGAGGGUAUUCCGAACACACGAGGUUGCCAAUCUGGUAA